UCAAAUUGAGCUCUGUGCCCGACCUCCAAAGUAAAAUCGCCAGCCGGAACUUGGAAACAGUGAUUUUAGGGAAGAAAAUGCAGGAAUCGGCCGAGUCAAGUCCCGACUCUUUUAAACUCGGCCAGCGAGUCCAUUCAGAAAGCGAUCCUAGCCGAAUCGGGACAGUCAAGUACGUGGGGCCUGUUCAGGGAUAUUCAGGGAUGUGGGUCGGUGUCGAUUGGGACAAUGGAGAAGGCAAGCACGAUGGGUCAGUGAACGGCGUCCGAUACUUCCAAGCGAAAUCCGAGCGGUCAGGUUCCUUUGUUCGGACCCAGAAUUUGAGUCCUGGCAUUUCGUUCUUAGAAGCUCUCCAUAUCAGGUACAAAGGCGAGUCCACCAAAGAAGAAGAGGAUGAAAUGUACGUGCUUUCAGCUAGCAACAAACGGGUAUCUGUUGAACUUGUGGGCAAAGAGAAAAUUCAAGAUAAGCUAAGUAGAUUUGAAGAGUUGAAAGGUGCUUCACUACCUUAUUUAGGCGUUAGCACCCCUGGAAACCCAAGCGAUAUCAGCAGUUUAGUACCAAAUCUGAAGGAGUUAGACUUGACAGGAAAUUUGAUUUCAGAAUGGAAGGUAUAUUCUGCUUCCUAUGUCUGUCUAAUGCUGAAUUUGUGAAGCAGCACUGACAUAAAUUAGAUUCAAGAAUAUAAGUUAUUAUCUCAA